GUAAAAUAUAUCCAAAUUCACCCUAUUUGGGGAGGAAAUAGGUGCCUUAUCUCUGGUCAAGUAUUGGGCAUUAUCAAUGCAUUACAAUUUCAAAACAAAACUUGUCCAGAAAAUGAACACAAACGGAGGUUUUAGUUGUUGAUUUCAUUUGGAGUGAUGCUGUCGUCUCCACAGAUUUUUCGGCGCUCCUGCUGCCUGAGCGCCGCAGCUUCUUCGCCUUCGUCGGUUGCUCCUCUUUCUCAGGCCCUCACUACGCAAAAGAAGCGUCUCAUUUUCUUGGCCUCUCCUCAGGUUUCCACUUGUGUUCUUGAUGCCCUUUUCAAUGCUUCAUUCGCCCCAGAUUCUUUGUUUGAGGUAGCAGCCAUUGUGACCCAACCGCCUUCUGGAAGAGAAAGGGGUAGAAAAUUGAUGCCUUCUCCAGUUGCACAAUAUGCUCUGGACAACGGGCACCCGCUGAUUUGAUCUUCUCACCAAUCAAAGCUGGUGAGGUCUUUUGGCAGUUGAGUAUAUUUCGGAACCUCUUAUUCUUGUACCUUUCUGGAGUAAAGAUUCUACAUUUAUGGCUCCACCUAGCAGGAAUCAUUUCUUUCCUCAUUGAAAGCUCUGGAACCUGAACUUUGCAUCACGGCUGCAUAUGGGAAUAUAUUGCCGUCAAAGUUCCUUAAAAUUCCAUCUAUGGGGACAAUCAACAUACAUCCCAGUUUCCUUCCUCUAUAUCGUGGGGCUGCACCUGUUCAGAGAGCGGUACAGGAUGGUGUGAGAGAAACUGGAGUUUCAGUAGCAUAUACGGUCCGCCAACUGGAUGCAGGUCCAGUUAUUGCUUGUGAAAAGGUGGAAAUUGAUGACCAGAUAAAGGCACCGGAGUUACUUGAGUUGCUAUUUCAGAAGGGUAGCUUUUUUCUCUUUCCAGCAACUCAGGUGAUAAAAAUGUUGUGUUUUGCUUUACAUUGGAAUAUCUCGUCGGAAUCGCAGCAGCGUGCGGCAGAGCUGCAAUGGAGGGGAGGUAUUGGUGGACCGCCGUCUUCUCAGGCUACGGUCGGUGGAGGCGCGACGGCAGGAGGCGGGCUGUGGCUGGUUGAGGCAGUGGCAUCUCGUCAGAAUCGCAACGGCGUAUGGCAGAGUUGCACUGUAGGGGAGGCACUAGUUGACGGUGGCCGUCUCAAGCUACGGUAGGCAGAGGCGCGGCGACAGGCGGCUGGCUGUGGCUGUUCGGUGGUGUUCGGCGGCGAGAGAUUGUGUGUGAGUACUAAUUAAGUGUGUAUGUGUGAGUGUAUAUGUGUGUGCAGUGUGUGAGAGACGAGUAGGUGUGUGAAGUGUGUUAGAGAUGGGCAGGUGGUUACGUGAUUUUGGGUGAUUGUAAUAGAUGGGUCCCAUGGGUAUUGUGUCUAAUGACACAUGUACUCUUAAUGAGUGGUUAAAUACAUAUAUUUGACUGCAUGUUUGACCAUUACUUAGUAAAAUUUGACU